GUCUUAGUACAGUUAAGAAACUCGAUAGGAGACGGACGUUUGCUUGGACAGCUGACUUGACCAUCCUAAAAAUAAUUUUCCUCUCCAGACCCCCGCGCACUGUGCUCAGUCUCUUUCUUUCUCGCCAUAAAAAGAAUUCUGGGAUUGACUGUCUAACAGUGGUUAAAUAAUACGUUUCCAAGGAAAGAACAGACGCACCAUCAAGGUUUCCCAUCUUUGAAGACGCAUUUGGAGUAUACAGAUCUAAGUACUAUCCAUGCACUAAGCAAUAAAAAGAGACAAGCAUACAUACAGGAGUUGACUAGAGCAUUGUGUCUUCAUGAUUAGUGUUACAGACGUGACAGGAAGCCAUGUCCCUCUCCUUUUGUGGUAAUGACAGGAACACGUCAUACAAUGUCGAUGAAGGGGUUCUGAAUAAUGGAUGUUUUGUUGAUGCUCUCAACUUGGUCCCUCAUGUCUUCCUUCUAUUUAUCACAUUCCCUAUCCUUUUCAUUGGAUGGGGAAGCCAAAGCUCCAAGGUUCAAAUCCAUCACAACACAUGGCUUCACUUUCCGGGUCACAAUUUGAGAUGGUUGCUGACUUUCAUCCUCCUGUUUGUACAUGUGUGUGAAAUUUCAGAAGGGAUUGUGUCUGAUGGGCAUAUGAAAUCCAGACAUCUCCAUCUCUUCAUGCCUGCUCUCAUGGGCUUUAUAGCUGCCACUACCUCAAUCGUUUACUAUCACAACAUUGAAACCUCAAAUUUUCCAAAAUUGUUAUUAGCACUGUUUUUCUACUGGGUUCUGGCCUUCAUUACAAAAACUGUCAAACUGGUCUUCUACUGCAGGAGUGAUAUAGGAAUUACAAAGCUGCGUUUCUGCAUUACAGCUUUGCUGGUCAUCCUCUAUGGACUGCUAAUGGCAGUGGAAAUGAAUGUCAUACGAGUUCGGAAAUAUGUAUUUUUUAAGAAUCAGCAGAAGGUUAAGCCUCCAGAAGACCUCCAGGACUUGGGAGUUCGCUUCCUGCAGCCAUUUGUUAACCUGCUUUCUAAAGCAACAUACUGGUGGAUGAACACUGUCAUCAUUUCGGCACACAAGAGGCCUAUCGACCUUAAGAUUGUUGGAAAGCUUCCAAUAGCCAUGAGGGCACGUACAAACUACUUUUGUUUGAAAGAUGCCUACGAAGAACAAAAGAAAAAAGUUUUUGAUCAGCCUGGAUCUACUCCAUCCAUGUGGUUAUCCAUGUACAGAGCGUUUGGUCGCCCAAUCCUUCUCAGCAGUAUGUUUCGCUACUUGGCAGAUCUUUUGGGUUUUGCUGGACCUCUUUGUAUUUAUGGCAUUGUGAACCCUAUGGGACAUGAUCAACCUCAAAAUCAGACGAAUGUACCAGCUAAUCCAAACAAUCCCACAGAUGUGUACUAUAUCUCAUCUAAACAGUUCUUGGAGAACUCGUAUGUCCUAGCAGUGCUACUUUUUCUAGCGCUCAUACUUCAGCGCACCUUCCUCCAAGCAUCUUACUAUGUUGCCAUAGAAACUGGAAUCAACCUGCGUGGUGCCUUGCUGGCAAUGAUAUAUAACAAAAUUCUGAGGCUGUCUACUUCCAACAUGUCAAUGGGUGAAAUGAACCUUGGUCAAAUCAACAACCUGGUUGCCAUAGAGACAAACCAAUUGAUGUGGUUCUUGUUCCUGUGUCCUAAUCUAUGGGCCAUGCCUAUUCAGAUCAUCAUGGGAGUCGUCCUUCUGUACUACUUCCUGGACAAGAGUGCCUUGGUUGGUGCAGCUGUUAUAGUAUUGCUUGCUCCAAUCCAAUAUUUCAUUGCCACCAAGCUUGCUGAUGCCCAGAAGAACACUCUGGACUAUUCUACUGAGCGCUUAAAGAAAACAAAUGAAAUACUGAAGGGAAUAAAACUUCUGAAGCUGUAUUCUUGGGAGACUAUUUUCUGCCACAAUGUGGAGGAUACCAGAAUGAAGGAGCUAAGAAGCCUGAAAUCAUUUGCAGUAUACACAUCCCUAUCCAUUUUCAUGAAUACUGCCAUUCCCAUCGCAGCUGUACUUGCGACCUUUGUUGUUUAUGACUUACUUAAAAUGCAAUUUACCCCAGCAGUGGCCUUUGCUUCUUUGUCUCUGUUUCACAUCCUGGUCACACCACUGUUCCUACUAUCCACUGUUGUCCGGUUUGCUGUCAAGGCUAUGAUCAGUGUGCAAAAACUGAAUGAGUUCUUCGUGAGUGAUGAGAUCAGAGAAGAGAGUUGGAGGAAUGGUACAAGUUCAUCUGUUUCUUUGGAGCCAUGCAAGAAACACACAACAGCACAUACAAAGGUCAUAAACAGGAAGCAGCCAUUGAGGUAUCAGCUGGAGACCCAUGACCAGUCAUUCAGAAGGCAACUGCGUCCCACUGAGACCGAAGAAGUGGCAGUCAAGAUCGCUAAUGGGUGUUUUUCCUGGGGAAGUGGUAUGGCUACACUUUCAGACAUAAACAUUCGGAUUCCUACAGGUCAGUUGACCAUGAUAGUGGGUCAGGUUGGCUGUGGGAAGUCCUCUCUGCUACUUGCUGCACUUGGAGAGAUGCAAACAAUCAGUGGAAAGGUUUACUGGAGCAAGCUGCCUGAAUCUGACAUGAAAGUGGAUGAACCUUUGAGUGAAGCAGACUCUUCUUUUGAAGCAAACAGGAGCAAGAACAGGAACUCAGUAGCCUAUGCUGCGCAGAAGCCCUGGCUUUUGAAUGCCACAGUUGAAGAAAACAUCACCUUUGGAAGUCCCUUUGUAAAACAAAGAUAUAAAGCUGUCACCGAUGCCUGCUCCCUGCAACCUGACAUAGAUCUGCUGCCAUUUGGAGAUCAGACGGAAAUUGGAGAAAGGGGUAUUAACCUUAGCGGAGGUCAAAGGCAAAGAAUUUGCGUAGCUCGAGCUCUGUAUCAGAACACAAACAUUGUGUUUUUGGAUGACCCCUUUUCUGCAUUGGACAUCCAUUUAAGUGACCACCUUAUGCAGGAAGGAAUCCUAAAGUUCCUUCAGGAGGAUAAGAGGACAGUUGUCUUAGUAACACAUAAGCUACAGUACUUGACACACGCUGAUUGGAUUAUUGCUAUGAAAGAUGGCACCAUAUUGCGUGAAGGAACACUAAAAGAUAUUCAGAACAAUGACACUGAAUUAUAUGAACACUGGAAAACACUUAUGAACCGCCAGGAUCAGGAACUGGAAAAGGACACAGACAUCGAUAAUCAGACAACGCUAGAACGAAAGACAUUGCGGAGGGCUAUGUACCUGAGGGAAGCUAAGUCACAGAUGGAAGAUGAGGAUGAAGAGGAAGAAAAUGAAGAGGAAGAUGAUGAUGACAUGUCAACAGUUAUGAGGCUGAGGACAAACCUACCAUGGCGUGCCUGCUGGAAAUAUCUUACUUCAGGAGGAUUCUCUCUUCUAUUCCUAAUGAUAUUUUCAAAGCUUAUAAAGCACGCUGUCUUUGUUGCUACUGAUUGCUGGCUAAUAGUUUGGACAUCAAAACCAGAGAUUCAGGUGAAUCAGACAACGGACAGCACAGAAAUGGAAUCCUUUAAUCAGUAUGUGGCAGUGUUCAGCAUACUUUCUGUGACUGGAAUUAUUCUUUGCCUUGUCACAUCCCUCACAGUCGAAUGGAUGGGCUUUUCAGCAGCUAAAAACCUACAUCACAACCUUUUGAACAAGAUCAUACUGGCCCCAAUCAGUUUCUUUGAUACAACACCAUUGGGUCAAAUUUUGAACCGUUUUUCAGCAGAUACAAACAUCAUUGACCAGCACAUCCCCCCAGCACUGGAGUCCCUGACAAGGUCGACCUUGCUCUGCUUAUCAGCGAUAGGACUGAUCUUCUAUGCAAUCCCAAAAUUCAUCAUCAUCCUUGUGCCUCUUUUGAUAGCGUUUUACUUCAUACAAAAAUACUUCAGGGUUGCUUCUAAAGACCUCCAGGAACUGGAUGACACCACUCAAUUGCCUUUGCUGUGCCACUUCUCCGAAACUGCAGAGGGCUUGACUACAAUUCGUGCCUUCAGGCACGAGUUCCGCUUUCGAGAGCGCAUGUUGGAGCUCACAGAUACCAAUAACAUUGCCUACUUGUUCCUGUCAGCUGCCAACAGAUGGCUGGAAGUCAGGACGGAUUACUUAGGAGCUUUUAUUGUACUGACAGCAGCGGUGGGAUCGAUAACAUGUAAACUGACUCCUGGUCUUGUGGGACUGAGCCUUACUUAUGCACUCACUAUUACCAACUAUCUGAACUGGGUUGUGAGAAACUUAGCAGAUCUAGAGGUACAAAUCGGCGCUGUCAAGAAAGUCAACAGUUUCUUAAGCACUGAGUCAGAGAAUUAUGAAGGCAGUAUAGAUCCCUCUCAAGUUCCAGAGGACUGGCCACAACAUGGAGAGAUUAGGAUUCAGGAUCUGUGCGUCCGAUAUGACAGUAGCCUUAAACCUGUCUUGAAACAUGUGAAGGCUUAUAUCCAUCCUGGACAAAAGGUUGGGAUUUGUGGACGAACAGGAAGUGGAAAAUCCUCCUUGUCUCUGGCUUUCUUCAGAAUGGUGGAUAUCUUUGAAGGCAAAAUUGUAAUUGACAACAUUGAUAUUACCAAGCUUCCUCUCCAAACUCUUCGAUCCAGGCUGUCAAUAAUACUGCAGGAUCCAAUCUUGUUCAGUGGCUCAAUAAGAUUUAAUUUGGAUCCAGAAUGCAAGUGCAAUGAUGACAGACUAUGGGAAGCACUGGAGAUUGCUCAGCUAAAGAACAGAGUCAAAGCAUUACCAGGAGGCUUAGAUGCGUUAGUGACUGAAGGUGGAGAGAAUUUCAGUGUGGGACAAAGACAAUUGUUCUGUCUAGCAAGAGCAUUUGUACGCAAAAGCAGUAUCCUCAUAAUGGAUGAAGCCACAGCUUCUAUUGACAUGGCAACAGAGAAUAUUUUACAGAAAGUAGUAAUGACAGCAUUUGCAGAUCGCACUGUCGUAACUAUAGCACAUCGUGUCCACACAAUUCUAACAGCAGAUCUUGUUAUUGUCAUGAAACGAGGCGUUAUUUUAGAAAGUGAUAAACCAGAGAGGCUCUUGGCAGAUGAAGACAGCAUCUUUUCAUCCUUUGUUAGAGCUGACAUGUAGCAGCAGAUUACUCCUGGACUUUUUAUAUAAAAGGGUCGUUUUAUAAGAAAUUCAAAAUUGAUUUGUACAAAAGAAAACAUAUUGCAGGGAUCUACAAAAAAAUAUAUUUGUCUUUAAAAAGUACAAAUGUACACCUUGAAUUUUUUCACUAAUGUCACCCUAAGCAAUAAAUUGCUCUUUUAAAUCACAGAAUGUA